GGUCACAACCCUUCUCACCCGAAGUGGCUGGCACCUAAGCCGCGUGAGGUGGUGUUGUUGAGGAGAAGAGUAGUCCGGUGGAAGUGAAAAGGAGGGACGAUUCGAUCUGAAGACAGUCGCCGCUUCCUUUCUCCUGUUGCUGUCUUCCUUUCUCCCUCUGCACCUAUCUGCUCAUUCUGCUGUGUAGAGUUCGGAACCAGCAACGUGUCUGGAACGACCAUGGCUCGGCGAUCGUCAGGGCGUUUCGGUUGUGAGAACAUGGCCUCUACGGCCCUUUACUUCCUUGUCAUCGCAUUGCUAUUGACGUCAGCAGGUCCCAGACAGGCUCACGCCGGGUUGCUGGGCGUCCUUGGCGGGUAUUCGUCAUGUCAGAGCGCCUGCAACGCGGCCUGGGUGCUCUGCUACAGCACAGCAGGGCUGGUGGCUGGCACAGUGACGGGAGGGGCGGCAGCUCCAGCGGUGGUCAUAGCUUGUAACUCGCAGCAAGCUGUGUGCAUGGCGGUAUGUGCGGCGGCAUUCCUUGCGGCCCCAACGCCCUAGUCGUGCGAUACGUCUGGGCAGAAUUGUAUCUGAUCAAGUGCAGAGAGCUACGUGUGGGCAGAACGAUAUGUCAUGAAGCGCAGAGAUCUACGUGUGGGGGGUAAACUGUGGAGGCGAUGGACGGAUUCUGGAAGAAGCCGAGGGGAGAGAAGAAGAAGUGGCCACCGUCCUUUUCACGGCUGAACUCACGGCCUGCUUCUUUCUUAGAGCAGUUCCAUUCAUAUCUGUGGUCCAUUGGACAUUAGGAACGGCCAAUAAAAGGAGUUUGGGAAGUAUCGACUUUCAUAUCAUCUGAACCGAGGUUCAUAUUACAAAAGGGGGGGGGGGGAGAGCGGGGCGGUAAGAACAUCGAUACGUUUUCUAUUUUUGUUCGUAUGUUUUUCUGUACUCUGGGUUGUCUAACGUCCUCGAUGUCCGUUAAUUUCAUGUUCUUCGUUUUCGAUGGCAUUGCAUCAGGACUGUAAUCUGUAGCACGCUGUAAACUUAAGCAUGCUUGACGAGAGUGUCUAAUAACAAUAAAUACGGGAGUUCGGGACGCUCGAGAUCUAGCGUGCAACAUGUAAGUCACGGCGACGUAUCACUCACUGGACGGGCUCGAUGAGAGGAAGAGUCCGCGGAAAUAUGGACAGAAAUACGGCUUCACGGGAGUUGUAAAUAUGUAACAACAACGUCAUGAUGGGAGUGUCGGACGCUCGAGAUCGAGCGAGAUGUAAGUUACCACGACGGACCAGUAAAAUGGACGGAAAAAUGGAUAGAGAGGGAGGGACGAGGGUUGGCGGAAAAAAGGGACAGAAGGGACAAAGGUCAGCGGGAAGGUGAACAGGAGAGAGGAACAAGCCGCCGAGCACGACGUGCAGACGGACCUCUCUUAUUGACGGGCGGGCAUGUUUAGUUGCGAAGCUGAGGAGAGCUUGUGCCUGUACACUUUCUCUCUUUGCUCUCCUCACUUCGCUGCUCUUUCUCAGAGUCUGUCUUUGGAGCAUGUGCCCGCAGAACUACUUCUUCCCUCUUCUUUCCUGACUUUGCUGCUCUCUCUCUGUCUACGUAUCGUAUGCAGAGAACGGUUUACUUCUUUGAAUGAAAGUGCAGUGAUGUA